AUGGUGACAUGUAUUCGUAAGGUGGCCUUAGAGGAGUUUGGACUGUCCAGGGGAAGUAGAAGCGAAGUUAGGGAUACCUGGGGGUGGAACACUAAUGUCCAGAAGGCUAUUAAGGAGAAGAAGGAUUGUUUCAGACGCCUGUACCUGGAUAGGAUUGUAGACAACAUGGAGAAGUACAAGAUGGCAAAGAAGGACGCAAAGCGAGCUGUGAGUGAAGCAAAGGGUCAGGCGUAUGAGAACCUCUACCAGCGGUUAGGCACAAAGGAAAGCGAAAAUGACAUCUAUAGGAUGGCCAAGAUCAGAGAGAGGAAGACAAGGGAUGUUGACCAAGUCAAAUGCAUCAAGGAUGGAGCAGAACAACUCCUGGUGAAGGACAAGGAGAUUAAGCAUAGAUGGCGGGAGUACUUCGACGGGCUCUUCAAUGGGGAGACUGAGAGCUCUACCAUUGAACUGGACAACUCCUUUGAUGAUACCAGUAGAAGAUUUGUGCGGCGAAUCCAGGAGUCUGAGGUCAAAGAGGCGUUGAGAAGGAUGAAGGGAGGCAAGGCAAUGGGCCCUGAUUGUAUUCCCAUUGAGUUCAUCGCCAACACCUACCGGCUUCAAGAGAAUAUUACCUAUCUCAAGUACGACCUGGAUGAAAUUGAGGAGAACAUCAAGACGAUGGAAAGAGAUAAGACUUCCAUCCAGGACCUCCGCAAACAGAAUGCCGACGUUGUUGGCAAGUGGAAUCGGGCUAUAAUUGAUCUCGUGUCGAAAUGCAGGGACCUCAAUGAGGCCCACGAAACAUUGCAGGAGUCCAACACAGAUGUAAGAUCCGCCUUGGGUUAUAUCAAUGUGCUGCUAAUGAGGAUCGAGGACCUGCGCGGCCAGCUACCCGUAGAGGAGGAUGUUGAUGGUACUGUCGAGUAG